AUGUCCGAACAGCAAGGUGCCCAGAUCGUUUCGCAUGGGCGCGGAGGCCAGGGAAAUAUUGCUGCUGAUUCUACAAAAUACGUUGAUGCAGAAAUUGUCCGAGAAGGCGUUGAAGGAGAUCAAGGAGAUGGCGCAUAUUCUGCGGGGCGUGGAGGAGUAGGGAAUAUAGGGUCACCUAAAAUACCUCCAUCUCGCGGCCAACCUCAUGAUGCAGAUGUUAUUCCCCCCACCGCAAUGAGGCAGCCUUCUGCUACUGAAUAUCAUGUUGGGAGGGGAGGGCAAGGCAACGUACACAGCGAAAUACCCAAGGAAGCGGAGAAGCCAAGGGCAACAGAGGAGCAAUCGGGUGAUAAGAAAUCUAAUGAGGGGUUUGUGGAUAAAGUGAAGCAGAUGGUUUUCGGUCGGAAGGAAUAA